AUGGCAGCGAAUAGAGGAGCGACCCUCUUUGUCCUGCUGCUGUGCUGCUGGCAAGAAGCUGAGGUCCAGUCAAUGAACAUAUUUUCAGGUCCAGCUUCUGAAACGUCAUGGAAAUCAGAACCUCAGGAGGAUAUACCUGGGAUAUUUGAUGAAAUUCUAGUCCAAGAGUUUCUGGGUCCAGAUAAAUCAAUAUUGUUUGAAACACAAAGACCACAACAAAAGCCAAUGAAGAGUACAAAGAAAAAAGCAACCCAUAUUAAAACCAAUGAUCAGACUGAUACUGAUAAGCAUCAUGAAAAGACAUUCUCUUCCGGGAAUGAAGACAUACUUUUCCUUAAUGAAGAGGAGAAAGAAACACUUAAUCAGAUUAAAAGCCUAAGAAUCCUGGAAAAUAUUAUUGACAGUCUACAAAGAGCUUUAGUAAACACUCUCAAGCAAAGAAGAAAGAAAAACAAAAGUUUGUUCAAGGGAUCCAACCACCACAGGGUGAAAGAAAGCCUAAACUGA